UCCACUCCCUUGUAUAUAAAACAUAAUAAGAGAAGGAGAAAUCUCAUUUAUCAAAUUUCAAUCUUAGCAUCUACUCCAAAUUCAACAAUCAGAACCCAGAACUGGAAAGAAAAUUAAAAGAAGAAGAAGAAGAAGAAUCAUUGCACCUCACAUGGCAAAUUGGCAGUUUCUUCUCACCUUGGUUUUGAUAUCAUUCUUAGGCAGUGAAGCUGCAAUUUUCACCCUCCAAAAUAAUUGCAGGUCAACCAUAUGGCCAGGAACUCUUUCAGGUAAAGGACCUUUACUAAUCAAUGGUGGAACUAGAUUAAAACCAGGUCGAACAAUGAGGAUUAAUGUACCUCACAAGUGGUCAGGCCGCUUCUGGGCUCGUACCGGAUGUAAGUUUGAUCAAACUGGCAAGGGAAAAUGCGCCACCGGUGACUGUGGCGGCUUGAAACAUUGUGGUGGGGCUGGCAGUGUACCACCAGUCACACUAGCUGAGUUCACCUUGGAUGACCUAAACUUCUACGAUGUUAGCCUUGUUGAUGGCUACAACAUCCCUAUUUCCAUCUACCCUUAUGGUGGCUCUGGCGACUGCAAGAAGGUAGAGUGCUUUUCAAACCUAAAUCCGAGAUGCCCCAAGGAUCUACAAGUGAUAAAUAAUGGCAAGAUUGUUGCCUGCAAGAGUGCCUGCACAGCAUACAAUACUCCAAAAUAUUGUUGCAGUGGUGCCUAUGGUUCUCCUCAGACUUGCAAGCCUACAGGUUUUUCACGUAUAUUCAAGGCCGCUUGUCCUACAUAUUACAGUUAUGCAUAUGAUGAUGCAACAAGCACAUUUACAUGCAAAGACGCUAAUUAUAGAAUUAAGUUUUGUUGAAGUUUCAUGACAAUGAGAUUGUGAAUGUAAUAAACAUUAUGCAUGAAUUGUUUAUGAAAUAUCUAUAAGAGAAUGGAAUGUGAUUAAACUUA